AUGUCGUCGACGACACCAACGUCGCCUGGCUUCCCACUGGGUGCUGCGACUGCUGGUGGAUACGACGCAGCAUCAUCAUCAUCAUCGCAGCAGCCCUCGGUUCCCCUAGCCAGCCCAAGAGCGAUGGCACUCGCAGCUUCCAGCUCGCGGCCUGUUACGCCUAUUGGCGGCCAUGCCUCCCUCACUACGCCCUCUACGCCAGGCAGCUUGGGCGCAACAACGCCCGGCGGCAGCACGGGAGGCGUUGCUAUCGAAGAAGUCAAGCGCUGGGUGGACGCAGACGUCUCAGCCUGGCUUACCUCGCACCGCUUGGGCCAGCAUUCAGCCACAUUCGCAAAGAAUGACAUCACAGGUCAUGUCCUGCUCGAUGUCGACCAGAAUGCUCUCAAAGAGAUGGGCAUCACGGCAGUCGGGGAUCGUAUCCGCAUCUUCUCGGCCAUCAAGGCCUUGAAGAAGCAAUGCAUUCAGACGGCGCAGAUGGCACAGUCGGCGCGUAAUGCUGCACUCGCCAGGCAGGCUCGAAUCUUGGCCCAGCAGGAGGGAGAGAUGGAGACGCUUUCCAACUCUGGGUCAGACACCAGCCGUCCUCGUCCACCUCCCCUGCGGCUGUCUGGAUCAGCGGCAUCCAACGUCCCGGCUACUCCACCCUAUCCAAGUCCAUCGAGCCAGCAUGGCCUUGGCCUGGGCUUAUCUCAGGCUCGCGGACUCACGCCAGGCAACCGCCAACCGAAUCCGGCCAAUGUGGGCCAAGGCCGUAGCCCUGUUCCCGCAACGAUGCAGCCCUCUUCUCUCACCUCGACCUCAGCGUCCUCAUCCCCUCAGAUGACGCAUCGCAAAACCAACUCAGCCGUACCAGCUACGGCGGCACGACUUCUGCAGGGUCUAACGGCAGACCCGCCACAGCAGGAGGGACGUACAGCGGCGGCGGAGGGCAGCAUGCUCACGCUCACGCAGUCAAGUCUCUUCAAGUCCUACGAGCUCUACUUUCGGCCCUUCCGCAAGUACUCGCUCCAGAACAUCGACUCCUACUCGCCCUCCACGCCCAGUGCCUCCAACUUUCACAUCGGGCGCGGCGGCAAGGCAGGGGCAGGGUCCACUGCUAGUUUGACGGCCAGCCCUGCCCCGCCCACGCUGGAAGACCUGAAGCGAAGGACGAUCAAGUUCAUUGGGGAUGAUGGUACGACUCGCAUCGUCAACGUCUCCGACUGUAGAGACGCGCACGACGUCCUUGCUCGCGUGCUUCGCAAGUUCGGCAAGUCAGCAAGCGCCAACUCCUAUCCUCCCACACUCGGCCAAUCACUAGCUUCCCCCUCGGACGCCGAGCACGCCACAGGCGAGAAGUACGUCAUAGUAGCUACGAACGGGGAAGGAGCCACACGUGACUUGAAGCCGGAGGAGCUCCUCGCCAUCUGCCAUGCCCCUCAGCCCUAUGACCCACUGCGAGAACGUGGAUUGAGCCUACGGCGCAUCCCACCAGGCGGGGCGAGUCAAGACGGUUCGACUUCGUCGCGGCGCAUCGCUCGUGCUGGGCGGAAUAAGCUCGAAGCCUUCUUUGGAGAGAGGGUGCAGGAUGGCUCUCCAGGGCAGAAUGCAGCCUUCCUGGCUGACGACCCGCACAAUGAUGCUGGUCAUGUGACCACAGCGGGGAAGAAGAUGAAUCGCGCCUCUACGGUGUCCAUCAUGAGCGGCUUGGGAGCGGGGGCGUUGCAGACUAUCAGGCGCGGCGAAGCUGGCGGUAGCAAUAGCGGUCAUGGCAGCGGUGUUGCUGGUCCGUCUGCAGCAAGCGGCAGUGCACGCAGCAAGGCACCUUCAUCAGACACGGCCUCCACCAACACCAACAUGUCGCUGCCCCGUCGCGCCCGCAACUUUAUGGGGCAACGUCCUCCAUCCGAGCUGAUCUCGUCGCACCUGGCAGACUAUUUCCCUGCUACAGAGAAGAAGGUGCUAGAGCGAACGGCGAGACGCUCGAUCUACGGUCGUGCCUCCUCCUCCAUACGAUCCAGCAAACGCGACUCUACCUGGUCCUUCGCCGGGGCGAGCAAAGACGACGAAGAGCCCCCGCCCCUUCCGACCAAGGGAGAUGAUACGGCCACGAUUGCCUCUCGCAGCACAACGCUCGAUGUACCCGACUUGGCGAUAAGUCGACCGCGGAACGUCAGGCGUAUCUCCUCCGGCCGGGCGUCAAUCGACUCGUCGCGCAGCCACACCAACCAUCGGCCCUCCUACGCCUCACAGCUGCGCGCUGCGCGUGGUCUGACCACCUCGGGAAGCGGGGCAGGGACGACCGGUUCUGCGUCCCUCGUCGACAGGAGCGAUGCGGCUUCUAUGCUGACGGUGGACGAGAUCACGCAGGAGGUGGAGAGCCGACGAGAGAGCAGAGAUGUGCGCGAUACUGCGGCACAAGGUUCAGGCGCAGGUGGUAUGGCGGGAUGGGUAGUCGAUGAGGAUGGGGUGCCGAUCCCCCUCGCCGGUACAAGGACAAGAGGGGCGAAGCGCAAGUCGACCGUUGCGUCCAGCAUGGUCACAGGCGGGGAUGUGGCGAGUAUGGUCACGGUGGAGGAGGAUGACUCGACACGGCCCAGCUCGGGGAUUAAUAGCGACGCCAGUAGCGGGGCUGAGGCUAGCGAGACGGGGGAUACGGUCGCCUCGAGCAAGGAUACUACCUCGAUACCAGCGCCAGCCAAUGUUGUGCUCGACAGGCCCAGCCCAGCAGUCGGAACCACACCAGGAGAUGAGGACGAGGACGAAGAGGACGACAGCUUCGAUGAGGAUGACGAACUCGACGACGAGGACGACGAUGAAGACGAAGACGAUGAAGAUGCCACAGCAGAGAGCGACACCCCGGCCGCGCCCGCCAAACAGCCCAUCAAAUGGAUCAAAGGCGCUCUCAUCGGCGCUGGGUCCUUCGGGUCUGUGUACCUAGGCAUGAACGCCAAGUCCGGCCUUCUCAUGGCGGUCAAGCAAGUCGAGCUCCCUUCUGGCCAAUCGCAGAACGAUCAAAAGAAGAAGCGCAUGCUCGACGCCUUGGAAGGUGAGAUCGAGCUGCUCAAGACGCUGCAACACGACAACAUCGUGCAAUACCUCGACUCCUACGGUGAUGGGACGCACCUCAAUAUUUUCCUCGAGUACGUUCCCGGUGGGUCUGUGGUCGCUCUGCUGCGUAAUUACGGGGCAUUUGAGGAGCCCCUGGUGCGCAACUUUGUCAAGCAGAUCUUGAAAGGUCUCAAUUUCCUCCACAACAAGGACAUUGUACAUCGCGACAUCAAAGGGGCGAACAUCCUUGUUGACAACAAGUCCUGCAUCAAGAUCUCCGACUUCGGCAUCAGCAAGAAGGUCGAGUCCGACCUCCUGGCCAACGCGAGGGCGCACCGGCCCAGUCUGCAGGGCUCCGUCUUCUGGAUGGCGCCGGAGGUGGUCAAGCAGACCAGCUACACGCGCAAGGCCGACAUCUGGUCUCUUGGAUGCUUGGUCGUUGAGAUGAUGAGCGGUACCCAUCCCUGGCCUAAUUUGAAUCAGAUGCAGGCGCUAUUCAAGAUUGGAUCGAGUAGCAAACCAAGCAUGCCAGAUGAGAUCAGUAAGGAGGCCGUCGACUUUCUCGAAAAGACCUUCGAGAUUGACCAUGAGAAGCGACCGGAGGCAGAAGAGCUGCUCUCGCAUGCUUUCAUUACUGCGGAAGAGGGGGGAGGCACGAGUGGGGAAGCGACGGUCGGCGAGUCGACCUUGGAGGGCAGCGGAAGCGCGAGCGGUGGCGGGAGCACCAUUGAGACGGGUGAUUCAGCGCUCACAGAGGGGAGCACGAAGGCGUCCACCGACAGCGAGCGUCCAGCAUCAAAGGGCGCUGUGUCAUCAGCAGCGCAACACCCUGCUCAGCUCUCCUUCUUCGUCGUCGUCGGUCUUGCCGGUCUCCUCCUCGCCUUCAAGCAGCGCCGUGUAUGGCUAGGCUGGUUCCGUCGCCCAAAGCCGAAAGGAGGACGAGGAUUCGGGCGUCCCGGUCGGGGUGAGGCUGCUUCAGGUAGCAUCUUGCGCAGCGCGAGCAGCGGUUCCAGUCGAUGGGGCAGCCAGCGUACUAGCACACCGCCUCGCAGUCCGAUGCGUGCUCCCUCGUCACCAAAGGUGAAGAACCUGUUGGGUCUUGGAGUCAAUAAGACACCUUCUCCCACGGGCAGCGCAAACGGGAGCCGGUCGCCCUCGCCGCUCUUCUUUACUGCGUUGCGCGGCAUGGAGGGGAAAGACAAGGAGAAGGAGAAGCUCAAGACGAGUGCCAAGCCCACGCCGCCAAAGACCCCCGCGCCUACUGCUGUCAAUGGCUCUUCGAUCAUUCUACCUGGUAGCUUCUCUGCCACGAAGCGCGUUGAGACCUCGUCGUCUUCUUCGGCGCCGUCAACACGUCCGCCCUCACCGCCAUCGAUCAAGGUCAAGUCAGACAAGAGGCUGAGCGGUGAAUCUUUCAAAGCGAAGCUGAAGCAGGCGCUCAAGAAGGAUAACCUCAUCGCGGCCAAUCGCGGGCCUGAGCUCCCCUCGUACCAAGAGCUCCUCUUCGACAAACAGCUCGGCACAGGAGACACGGGCCUCUCACGCUAUGCCACUAGCAUGUUAGCAGCAGAGAUGCGCAACAUGACGCUCGACUACUAUUGUCGCCAGUCGAGAGCUUACAAUUGUCUCUACAUCAUCGGCGGCCCCAACAUUCUAGACCCGAUCCUGACGCCACGCCGGGGGAACGUCUUCUAUUCUACUGCCUUCAACAGUAGCAAGACGGGCAAGCCGAUCGGCACGGGUUAUGCCCUUUCCCCUAUCAGUAAGGGGGAGCUGUACGCGGACUGUGCGGGGAAGGAUACGACGCGGUUUACGGACAAGUUGAUGUUUGAUUUCAGCCCAGGUCAGGCCGGAGUCAGUGUGGAGCGUUUUGGCAGUGGGGAUGGGAGGGGCGGCGGGUACCUCUCGGGCUACCUCUCGGACGACAAGAGCGAUAGGCUCAUCCCAGGCCACGACUCGAUCCAGCACAUCGGCAAUGGAUUGGACCUCUGGAUCCGCUGCGUCGAUCCCAGCGAUCGUGGCAUACAGGACGUGACCGAGGCUGAUAUCGUCGAGCCAAGGCUUGAAUCCGGUGUUCGGCCGCAGGACGGCCCCAUCAUCGUCGGCGCCGUGCUCUUCUGCGCUACGAGUGCCGUCGCUGACCUUGCCAAGCAGCGCGAGUUCACUGCGACGCACAAGGCCGCCGGAGCUGAUGUCGCUGCUCGCGGCGUCCCCCAAUGGGAGCAGUGGUGCGGCAAGGACAAGAGUGUCCACUGCCUAAGCAUCUACGGUACCACCCUCACCGGUCCUCAAUUCGACCACUACGCCGGCCAAAUCCUCGCCAGCAAGUCCAUCCCCGGUGGACACAUCUACGCGAUCAAGACUGGGUCCAGCUUGCACGUCCGAGCCGACUGUGAUUCUCAUGACGUGUACCACAAGGAGUCGAGCAUCGCCUGGGUCUACUUCGGCAAGCAUACGAGCGUCACUGUGCACCAUCAAAAGGAAGGGAGGAAGACCGGCGUUCUGACUGGUGAUUUGAUGGACAAGCCCAAGGCUCCCAAGCUCAAAUCUGACCGCAUGCUCCAGUCCUGGUAUCCUGGCGUUGACCUGCAACUGUACUGCGCCAGCAAGGUCGAGUGAAUGACACCGCAAAAGCCUGACCGUCUUACGCGCUCCGAUGAAAGGACCACGGGAUCGCUGGACGGCCCCCGAGCCUUGUGUUUCGUCUUUACUUCUACUUGCCGCGCUGCUGGACACUUGUCUGCUUCGUUCGUCUCCGAUAAUGAUUAUAUGACCUGUUGCCUGCCUUCCAUGCCGUCGUGAUGUUGAGCUUGACCAGUG